GAAGUUCAAGUUGUCGAGUUGAAUGCGAAUGCGGAGAUGCGAUAAGAGAUAAGACAGUGAACAACUUGCUCCAGCCUCGUUCUCUUCUUUCAUCUGUAUCCACAAGCUGGACUCGGCCCAGCUUUCUAUUCAGUUGUGACAAGCCUACUUAAGGGUGUGUGCUUGGUUGGAUUUCAUAUGUCCGACACUCCUCUUGCUUUCGGGCCGACUCCGAUUUCGUUGCACGCACCUCCCUGCAUAGAUUUACUGCACAUGGAGGACUAAGACAAUACACUGGCGCGAAACUACGAUUUGAACUGUGUCGCGGGUAGACACAGUCGGCCAUACAGGAACAGUCAAUCAAUCUGGGGACUUCCCCGACGGCUCCGAAGAUGGCCGGCUCCAAUUCUGCGACGCCGGUCUACCCUGCCGGCACUGUCGCCAAAGUGUCGACCGAUAUUCUCAACGAAACCUUCCACAACAUCAUCCAUGAUCUAGUCGCCAAAGUCCACCGGGAAGAGAAGGUGGCGCGGAUGCGCUCUGCCGUGGUGCUCGCGAGACAAAAGGCCGAGGAAGGAGCAUACGUGCCGGAUGAGUCGCCUAGCAAGUCGAUCGUCGAUAGCAAGACUAGGGAAAUGGUCAUCGACCCAGUCAAACUUGCGAGCACGCAUCUCGAGACCGAUGCCGCCACAUUUGACCACGGCAAAGUGUAUCUGAAGGGAAAUCCUUUGCAUACAGUCAAGGAAAUCAUAUGUACUGAAUGUCGACUGCCCCGCCUUUCAUAUCCUCCUACCGGCGCCGGAUUCCGACCACCCCCCGAUCCACAUCGCAAAUACUGUGAGAACGGACCGAUGAUCGUACUACCAGGCCAUGACGUCCACGGCAAGCUCUUCGCCAUCAUGCCAAAUCCCAAGAAAAAGAAGACGGAAAAGGACAGCACAAUUCCCGAAGUCCCGACAAGCAAGUGUCCCGUCUGUCCCCGGUACUUUGUCAUGAAUCGCGUGGCCCAGCAUUUGGAUCGCUGCAUGAACAUCUCCGGUCGCAACAGCACUCGCAAUAAAACACCUACAGACAGCGGCGCUAGUGGCGCCAACAGUCCCACCUCCUCUGCACCAAAACGUGCUCAUACCGACGAGGAUGAAGGCAGUCCCAGCCCAACCAAGAAGAAGAAGCUGAAUACGUCCAAGAAGGGGUCCUCAAAUAAGCCCGGGCCUAGCAAGCUGAAGAACUCGUUCACGGUGGAAGACCACGAGGAUGAUAUUAAGAGUGAGGAUGCGUGA